AUGAGCUCGCCCGGCGCGGAGGGAGCGGCCAAGCCCGUCCCGUACCGCGUGGAUCACCUGCUGAGCGCCGUGGAGAGCGAGCUGCAGGCGGGCAGCGAGAAGGGCGACCCCACCGAGAGGGAGCUGCGGGUCGCGCUGGAGGACAACGACCUGUGGCUGCGCUUCAAGGAGCUCACCAACGAGAUGAUCGUCACCAAGAACGGCAGGAGGAUGUUCCCGGUGCUGAAGGUGAGCGUGUCGGGGCUGGACCCCAACGCCAUGUACUCCUUCCUGCUGGACUUCGUGGCGGCCGACGGGCACCGCUGGAAGUACGUGAACGGGGAGUGGGUGCCCGGCGGGAAGCCCGAGCCGCAGGCGCCCAGCUGCGUCUACAUCCAUCCCGACUCGCCCAACUUCGGGGCGCACUGGAUGAAGGCGCCUGUCUCCUUCAGCAAAGUCAAACUCACCAACAAGCUCAACGGCGGCGGGCAGAUCAUGUUGAACUCUCUGCACAAGUACGAGCCAAGGAUUCAUAUAGUGCGAGUGGGUGGCCCACAGCGGAUGAUCACCAGCCAUUCCUUCCCAGAGACCCAGUUUAUAGCUGUGACGGCCUACCAGAAUGAGGAGAUCACAGCUUUAAAAAUUAAAUACAAUCCAUUUGCAAAGGCAUUUCUUGAUGCAAAAGAAAGAAGUGAUCACAAAGACAUGAUGGAGGAAGUGGGAGACAACCAGCAGUCUGGGUAUUCACAGUUAGGUAGUUGGAUUAUUCCUGGGACUGGGACUCUGUGCCCACCUGCCAAUCCUCACCCUCAGUUUGGAGCCCCCCUGUCACUCUCCCCUGCUCACAGCUGUGAGAGGUACUCAUCGCUGAGGAACCACCGUCCUGCCCCCUACCCCAACCCCUACACCCAUAGAAACAACUCUCCAACAGCCUAUGCCGAUAACUCCUCUGCCUGCCUUUCCAUGCUGCAGUCCCAUGACAACUGGUCUUCUCUAGGAGUUCCCACACACACGACAAUGGUGCCCAUGAGUCACAGCACUGGCACAGCUACCACCUCCAGUCAGUAUCCUAACUUAUGGUCUGUGAGUAACAGCACCAUCACACCGGUGUCUCAGUCAAGUGGAAUGUCCAGCGGCCUGAGCUCACAAUUUUUACGCAGCUCUCCGGCACACUACACUGCCCUCCCACACCCGGCCACUGCUGCCUCCUCUGCAUCGCCCCUGUACGACAGCAGGGCACCCACGGACCUGCCUGACAGCCAGUAUGAUGCCUCCGCACAUGCCAGGCUAACAUCCACAUGGACGCCUGUCACCCCACCUUCCAUGUAA